UCGGCGCCUAGUUUGUUUUUUGUUUAUCUUCAGAAUGAGAAAAACGAGGAACAUUUUGUAAUUAUUGAUCUAACAUUUAAAAAUACAUAUUAUGAAUAAUUUGUGCAUUUUAACUUUAUAAUUGUGUUUUACUUUCUGAAAAAAUAUUGAAGUAAUUUAUUAUUACGACUUGUUAAUAUAACUAACCAUGAGCGAAAAAAGCAAAGCUCCUGCUUAUAUGGCUCACCUUUUAGAAGAACUUGGCUGGAAUCAGGGUACCAGAAUUCCUUUAGCAAAUUCAGAGAAUCAAGAACUAGAAAACCUAUUAAUAACAAGACAAAAUGAGAUUCAACAGCUCAAAGAGGCUCUUAUACUGCAAAAUAAAAAACGUGAAGAUCUUAAUAAGUAUAAGGAUUAUAUCCAUUCGGAAUACCAGGAGAAUACACGGCUGUUGUUUGCUCACAAACAGCAGUUGGAGCAGGAGGUGAAACUGAAGCAGCUGGCUUGCAAUGAAUCUGACCGACUGGAAAGAGACAUUUCUGACAAUACCAAACAGAGCAGGGAUAUUAAUGCUCGUAUAGAACGGAGCCAAGCCACCAUAGCUAAGCUGCUAAAGAAGGCUGACGCCCUGAAGAGUGAAGUGUGUGGCGAGCGCGGCGCCCUGCAGGAAUGGCGCGCCGCACUGGAGCGGAAAGCUGGAGACAUCAGCGCGAUUGAGCAGUUCACCAAGCAAGACCUGUCCAAGGCUAAAGCUUUGGAGACAAAGAGGCAGAAGCUGAAGUUGGAACACGACCGCAUGCACGACCGGCUGGCGGAGCUGGUGUCCAACCUCAGCGCCGAGGAGCGGGCGUGCGAGAGGAUUUCUGUUCAGGUUAUGGAAGGGAUGGAGCAAAGAAAGCAAAUGAUGCAAAUGUGGUCAGGCGCUGUUGAAAAUUUAAGACAGCGCGACACGGAUAUAAGACAUAUCAGAGAAGACUACGCAGUGCUAGAGGCGGAAGCGAAUAAGAUAGCGGAGGAGUGCCGCUCGCAGCAGGCGUUCUGCGACCAGCAGCGCGGCCACAACCACGACGCUAGGCGCGACAACAUGGCGCUGGCGCAGCGUCUCAGCAACGUGCGCAUGGCCUACCAGCAGCUGCUAGACCUCAACGCCACGCUGCAUAGCGAGUUGGCCUGUUUACAACGCGAGCUGAGCAACAUGCGCAACACUCUGGAGAAGCUGCACAGCGAGAACCGGCAGAUCAUGGAGGAACAGCAUCGGAAGGACAUGCUUCUGCAGACGCUGUCUGUCAAGAUAAAAGAACUAAAAGAGAAAGUGAAGGAGACGACAGACAAGUCCAAGUCUUCCGAAAAACGGGCCAAGGAGCUGGAAGACAUGUUGAAUGAGGAAGAGAGAUACGCGACGCAGAUGACGGUCAGCCAGCAGCGAGCCAUGCACUGCUCCUUCGUGGAGCAGCAGAAAUUUCUCACACUCAAAAACGAGGAGAAACUCUUCCAUAUGCAGCUUAAAGCUUCGAAGGCGGUGAUGAGCAAGCUGGAGUCGAAGCAGCGCGGCGUCGAGCGCAAUCUGCAAAGCCAGAAGGAAGCGUUAUAUGCAGUCUGUUACCAAGUAGAGACACUGGGCACUCGCGUGAUGCACAUGGAGGGGGCUAAGGCCGAGAAGGAGUGUUCCGCCGUGCUGGUCGAGAGGGAGAACAGACUGAAGGACGUGACGGCGCGUCACGCGGCGCGCGUGUCGCUGCUGGAGCGGCACGCGGCGCGGCUGCUGGACGACAUGCGGCGCCUCGCGCGCGAGCUCGAGGCGCGCUCGCAGGAACACGCCCGUCUGGAGAGUCGUCUAAAAUCGUCAAUACUAGGUGUGGAAGGUGGCGAGAAAGAACUGAAGGCGUCCCGAGAAGAAUGGAGAAGAUCUCGCGUGGAGGAAGCUCUGAUGAGACUGAAAGUGGCUCACGCGGCGCGGGCGAUGGCCGGCUUGGACGACACAGCAUUCUCGUUGGACUCGCAAAGACUGAAACUCGAUGCUGCCAUGAACGAGCGACUGAUUGAAAUUCAAGUUCGAAAGGACAUGUUCAACGUACAGAAGCGGGCGCUUUUAGAAGACUGCGGCAAACUUCGCAGUGAUAUACGCGAGCGGGAACAACGCAUCGACCAACUUAAGAAGAGAUACGAAAUAUUUAUUGGAUCGCUUGGAAAAGACGAGUCGGGACAACAACUUUCUGUGACCUUCUUUAAAAUAAAGUUCGCAGCGGAGCGCGCGGAGCUGCGCGCGCGCGGCGCGGCGCUGGACGACGACGUCGCGCGGCGCGAGCGUGACGUCGCCGCGCUCGAGGCCACGCUGCGCGUCGUGCACGCCGCGCAUCGCCACUUCAUGCGCCACAUCACGCCGCUGCAGCAGGACACCCCGGAGAUAGAAGAGUUGAACGACCUCUCGAAACAGUAUUACGAAGCUCGCGACGAGCUGAAGAAGCAGAACGCUGACAUCGAGGCGAUGGAACAAGUGGUGUCGGACACCAGGUCCCGGCGCACCAUGCACGUUGAUAAACGGAAGCAACUUGAAGCUAGACAUGCCGAAGCAGAGAGCGAAUUGGAAUCAGUUCGGGACCGCCUGAUGCGGCAAGAGAGCCAACUAGCGAAUGCGCGGGACAUCGUGAAACUCAACGCGAAGCGCGCGAAACGAUUGGUGGAGGGGGUCGAUGACUGGCGGUUCUUCCAGCUUGCAGUGUAUGUCCGGGAUUACGCCGAAGCCGCUUACAACGCCCUCCACGCUUUAGACCACCUGUGCUCGUCUCCGGAGCUCCACACCCGGUUCACAGUGCUGCUGGCCUCCACCGACCUGCAGCGACACGUGGCCAGUCACCAGCGGCGGCUGCUCAUGUUCAUAGAGCGUAUCUUGUCAGACACUACAGAAAAGCGUGGCAAAUCAUACAAAAUGGAAGAAUCGGUAUUCUCAUCGUCUACGGAGUCUUUGCACAGCGGCAUGAGCGUCGCGAGCGGGUACACCAAGAGACUGGCGGCCUUCCGCAGGACCCUCGCUGAGAAGGUCGGGGAGGACUCUUUAGCCGACGAACCCGGGGAACAUGCCCGCAAGUCAGCGAUGUCGAUGCGUGUGGUGACGCUUGGAUUCGAAGACCCUUCGGGCAGAACGGAGCCUGCUCGAUCUAGCAUAAAGUCUAAUAGAUCUUUCAAAUAGUUGGACAGUCAUUUAAUUUUUAUUGGCUUAAUUAUCACGUUUGCAAUGAAGCAAAUGGAAUCUUGGUUUACAUCAUAAUUUUUAUAAUUGGUCCAAAGAAUGUUUGACCUUCAGGUUAAAAUAAAAAUAACCAUGAGUUUAUAUAACACUGAGGUAUAUUAUAUCGAUAAAUUUACUUCUCGACUGCUCUUUGUGUGUGAUUUCUUUUUUCAAGCAGUCUUCCAGCGUUUUGCUGCUACACUA